GACCUCUUCGGCGACGGCUUAGUGUCUCAGAGGAGUAGCAGAGUACGGUCUGGAGGAAGGGCUUCUGGUCAGCCCAGGUUCUAUCAUAAUGAAUGGAUCCAGUGUGGCGAAUACAUCACCCAGUGUAAAAUCCAAAGAGGACCAGGGGUUAAAUGGGAAUGAAGAGAAGGAAAACCCAUUUGCAGAGUACAUGUGGAUGGAGAAUGAAGAGGAUUUCAACAGACAGGUGGAGGAGGAGCUGCAGGAGCAAGACUUCUUGGACCGCUGCUUCCAGGAGAUGCUGGAUGAAGAAGACCAAGACUGGUUUAUUCCGUCAAGAGACCUCCCUCAGGCCAUGGGACAGUUGCAACAGCAGUUAAAUGGACUGUCAGUCAGCGACGGUUGUGAUUCUGAAGAUAUUUUGAGCAAAAGUAACCUGAACCCGGAUGCGAAGGAAUUUAUUCCAGGAGUGAAGUACUGAGCCAACAGAAAGCUUUGAGGAGGACUUGUCUGUUCCCACA